UUAUAUUUCAAUCCCGUCACUUAAAAGUUAAAAACUUUAAACCCUAAACCCUAUUAUCUAUCUCCAAUUUCUCUCAGUUUCUCCGCACUCAGCUCACACCACUUCCACCCUCCCGAUCAAAGAGGAAGACGAAAAAAUGAGUCGAGGAGCAGCAGCAGGAGGUGCCAAGGGAAAGAAGAAGGGAGCUUCAUUCACCAUUGAUUGUGCGAAGCCUGUUGAAGACAAAAUUAUGGACAUUGCUUCACUUGAGAAGUUUCUUCAGGAACGGAUUAAGGUUGGCGGUAAGGCUGGUGCUCUUGGUGAUUCCGUCACUGUUACUCGUGAGAAGAACAAGAUCACUGUUAAUUCUGACAGCAACUUCUCCAAGAGGUACUUGAAGUACUUGACAAAGAAAUACUUGAAGAAGCACAAUGUGAGGGAUUGGCUACGCGUCAUUGCUUCCAACAAGGAACGUAACGUAUACGAGUUGAGGUACUUCAACAUUGCCGAGAAUGAGGCCGAGGAAGAAGAUUAGGAACCAUUACCAAAUGUUUUUUAGGUCACAAUUUAGAUGGACAACAAAAAGGUAGAUAGUAUUACUAUGCCACUAAUACAAAACUCCCCCUCCCCUCUUCUGCUCUUCCUUCAGCUCAUUUGUACCGUGAUUGCUCGCUAACCCGGGCUGGAUUCCACCCCGAAUGGCCUUCAAAUGUCGGAAAAAAACGAUCGGUUAUCAAGUUCAUCACUUAAUUGAAACAGUAGUUGUUUCUGAAUUCUAAUGGCAGCCAGUCAAUGGAAACUGAUUUUGACA